UAUGAUAUAUUCAACUUCAAGAGUUGCUACCGCUUGCACUCUCGAAGAAGCCCAUUCGAUCUGUGGAGGGAUUUCCUGAUCAUAGCCUUACAAGAUACAUCGCUUGGUCGCCCGCCCUCCUGACUCUCUUCCUCAAAACAGACCAUCCACAGCCAUGGCUCAAAAGACGUCCCAGACAAUACCUAGCAAAUUGCACACCCGAGCAGAGGUCGCAAAGCAUAAUACUGAAGACGACGUGUGGUGUAUCAUCGAUCACAAGGUCUAUGACCUCUCGGAUUUUCUCGACGCCCACCCCGGUGGCAAUGUCGUUCUUCAACAGGUCGCCGGCCAGGACGCCACAACUGCCUUCUACAAUCUCCACCGCCACGAGGUGCUCCAGAAAUACGCCAAUCUCUGCAUCGGCACGGUCGAAGGCGAGAAGCCCGAAGUCAUCGAUCCCAAGCCGGGCGACCUGUCGAAAGUGCCUUAUGCGGAGCCGGUGUGGCUGACUCCCCAAUUCAAGUCCCCCUACUACAACAGUUCUCAUCGCGCCCUGCAAAAGGCCCUGCGGGAGUUCGUGGACCGAGACAUCUACCCCGAAGCCCAAGAAAAGGAACUCGACGGCACCUACAUCUCCCAAGAACUCGUCGACAAGAUGGCCUCGAACGGCCUCCUCGCGAUGCGCCUUGGGCCCGGCAAGCAUCUUUACGGCCGCAAACUGCUCGGUGACGUGAAGGGCGAAGAGUUUGACUAUUUCCAUGACCUGAUUGUCGCACAGGAGCUCUCUCGCGGCAUGGCCAGAGGGUUUCAGGAUGGUAACAUGGCGGGCAUGAUGAUCUCAUUGACUGCCGUGAGGCAAUGGGCGAAUGAUUCCGCAUUGAAGGAUAAAGUCACCGAGGAGUGUUUGAGCGGGAAGAAGUUCAUGUGUCUUGCCAUCACCGAGGCGUUUGCGGGAAGCGAUGUCGCGGGGAUCAGGACAACUGCUACCAAGACUGAGGACGGCAAAUAUUACAUAAUCAACGGGACGAAGAAAUGGAUCACCAACGGCAUGUUCGCAGACUACUUCGUCACGGGAUGUAAAACCGAGAAGGGAUUCAGCGUCAUCCUGAUACCGCGGGACGACAAUGUGGAAACAAAACGCAUCAAGACGUCAUAUUCCACAGCGGCUGCAACUACAUUCAUCCAAUUCGACAAUGUCAAGGUGCCGGUGAAUCAUCUCUUGGGCAAGGAGGACAAUGGCUUCAUCGUCAUCAUGAGCAACUUCAACCACGAGCGCUGGGCGAUGGCGUGCUCGGUGAUCCGCUGGAUGCGCACGAUCGUGGAAGAGUGUCUCAAGUGGACGAACCAGCGAAUCGUGUUUGGAAAGCCGCUGGUGUCGCAGCCCGUGAUCCGGCAGAAGCUCGCCAAGAUGAUCUCGCUCACCGAGGCGUGCCAGUCCUGGCUCGAGAGCAUCACCUACCAGAUGAACCAGAUGGACUAUGCGCAGCAGUCGAAGCUGCUGGGCGGGCCGAUCGGGCUGCUGAAGUCGUACGCGACCCGGUGCGCGCACGACGUCGCCGACGACGCCGUCAACAUCUUUGGCGGCCGGGGCAUCACGCAGACGGGCAUGGGCCGCUUCGUCGAGCAGUUCCACCGCACAUACAAGUUCGACGCCAUCCUGGGCGGGGCCGAGGAGGUCCUGGCCGAUCUCGGCGUGAGGCAGGCCAUCAAGCAGAUGCCCAAGGCUAUGCUGUGAUGUCGGUGUGUGUGGGGGAAGACGGAGGCAUCGACUCCUCACCUGUAGGCACUGUGUGUAAUAGAUCCAAAAAAAGAAGGAGGGGAUAUCACUACCCCCCAGAAUAUCGUAUCUCGUUGUGUUUCUUUUCAUCUCGAUUUCCCAGAUGCCACCUCUGGAAGAUAGCAGAGCGGGCAUGGAAAGCGCUGUGGGGUGGUCGCGCAAGGACGGAGCAUGGAGGCGGGUUUCCGCAUCUGGUCCCAAGCUGCGAGAGUGAAGCUAGAGAAAGAGCGACCGAUGUCCCUGCUCCUCUCCUAGUAUCUGUGCGAAUACCACGUGCACUCCGCACUCUGUGGGCGGUGAGGGAAGGAGAAGAGCGAGGGAGGCAACGGGCGCCUCGCAUGUCGCUUCUAAAGUCGCCAAUCCGCGGGAUUCAAGAUGUAAUAGUACUCGUACAAGAGGGACAUCUAUUUGGUAUUUGCGCAAUUACGUAACAAGUUG